CUCCUCUGUACACCAUCUCAGACAGAGCCACAAGCACAGAACAUCUGUUAAUUUGGGACUCACUCCGGCGAACGACAUCCAUCUUGCUGUCAUUGCUCCUUGAAAGUGACCGUUCUACCUGCAUGACAACAAACCACAACCCCAUGCCUUUCUGGCCGCGAUAGGCCCACCAUGUCAACAAACCGAUACUCCUCCUUAAACCGCCGUGCCGCUCCCUCCUCCGCGCUCUUCCAAGACUACCCCGGCUCGCGCCCGUCUUCUUCAUCAUCCUCUCGUCCAGGCUAUGCCUACUCUUCGCAACCUGACGCCGCAGGCCGACCUUCAUCUUCACCGUAUUUGAAUCCGUACUCUUCUACGAACGGCACACCGCACGACUCUACAUCGGGUUUCCGCCCUGCCACGCCCAAUUCAAAAGGGCAAUAUUCGACCUCCGUCCUUGAGGAACUCGAAUCGCAGAACGAAAUCACAGCUACAACGCUUCUCUCGCAGAAAGUGUCCCAAUUAAAAACACUCACCGUCGCGAUUGGCGAUGAGAUCCGAGAUUCCAGCGGUCUCGCAAGUCAGAUCAAUGACACGUUCGAGAACACGGGCGUACGGUUACGUGGCACGAUGAGGAGGAUGCUCAGGAUGGCGGAGCGGACGGGUGUCGGGUGGAAGGCGUGGGUGCUGUUUUUCAUUGCGGUGUGGGCCAUUUUUGCGUAUGUCUGGCUUUUCUAGCCCUGUCCGAGAUUCUCGUCUUGUCAAAUCGGACAAUCUUGAAAUCAACCAUGAGCUCGACCUCCAGAUGCUACCAAAGAGGAGACAUUUCACACGAAACAUCUGGGACGGACGUGAGGAUGACUAUUUGGCGAGGGACUGGUGAUGAGUCCCUCACGGGUCCAUCUAAAUGUCAGCAGGGUCCAGGUCGAUCUUCUGCCACCCGAACAUUUUUAAAGACAUGUGUACCAAGAGUUGUACAGUAUUCUGAACUCACGUUCACUUGAUGCAUUGACAGCAGAUUUAGACGCGCGGCGUGUGGCGUAUUUCACUGGGACGUUCUGGCAUGGGCUGAAAAGAUUCUCGAAGCGUUCAGAGGUGACGGCAUUAUGAAUUGGAGCGCAACCUGGAAAAGGAUGAGGUUCUAGAAGAGUACGUGCUGCUCGAUAAUGACAAGCUUGGUAGGAAGGAAUAUGUACAUUUAGCACUUGAGGUCUGGGUCUGAUCCGGUACUGGCAGGAAGUCCUUGGAAUGUCCUUGAGAGUACCAGGUUUGCCGUCGAAUGCAAGCCGCUGUAUUAUGAUACAGCGUAGUAAUCAUAAUAACACUCUACGUGUCUGUCUCU